AUGUCUCACUCGUCCCAACCCGAACAGCAGACCGACUCGGACUGGAUGCCUUACUCUCGCCCCUCGAAGACGGAGGGCACCACGGAGAGGAUCUUCGACGCGGUGGAGUUCCGAAACAAAAAUCUCCACCUCAAGUUCCCGUCCGUCGACUGGAGCGAGGCGCGACUCGUCGCCGAAGGUGACCCGGAGUGGGGCAUGGAGUACCUCUCCCCCCCUCAGCUCCUGCCCGGCCUCCCUUGUCUGUCUGCGUCGAGCGCGGUGCCGAUGACGGCGGAGGAGCUUCAGAAGCACCUCGAUCGUGAGGAAGCGGGUCCUGCGGAGACUCCGGACAUCGAUCCCCGCCGCAACCGCCACCUCUUCGUCGACUCGGGGGGCAACAAGUGGAUCCGAGCCGGCGUCGUGUAUUCACAAGAGCUGCCACCGGCAUACCUGAAUUUCAAAGAUCAGGAUGGCGCGAGACGUUUUUACACAAAAACUGUGAGGAUCGAGUCGCGAAUGACGGUGGCGUGCACCGAGGACCAAGCACGAAUCGCCACUCGCUCCGACUUCGACCCACCCAUCGCUUCAACCUCGGCAACCACCCUCAAUAGGGACGUCGACAUUGUAUCUACCCCCACUCGCGCGCCUCCGCAACCUACCCCUUCGCCGGCCGUAGCAUCCACCUCGGCGUACACCUCUGAUUUUGUCCGAGGUAAGUUUUAUUUUUCAGCGUUUUAUGUUUCCACUCGAUCCUUGGGCUGA